CCCACACGAAUAGUGUCACUAUCAACAAUAAUAUUUUCUGUUCACAAAAUAAAGAUCGUGUGAAAAUGAACAAUAAUACAUUGCAUUGGAGCUAUCGGGAUUUUCGUCAAUUUCCCGAAGAUUUGCUGGAACAUAUUGAAAAUGUGGAAGAAAUUUAUUUGAAAGAAAAUUUUAUUCCGUCGAUUCCCGAAUGGUUGUUUGAAUUCACCAAUUUGCGGUUCAUUCAUUUGGGUGGCAAUAUGCUCAAAACAAUUCCUGAUGGCAUUUGUUUGUUAGCUAAUUUGGAGUUUUUAGAUGUAUCAAAGAAUCAAAUCAGUGAAUUACCUCCUACGUUCACACUGAUGACGAAACUGUGCAGAUUUAAUUGUAGUGAUAAUAAAAUUACAGAGAUUACUAAAGAUAUUGGAAAAAUGGUGAAUCUUGAAACGCUGGACUUCAGUAAAAAUCUACUCACUAAAAUUCCAACUGAAUUAGCAAACUGUGUUCAUUUAAACGAGCUACUCUUCAAUGAUAACAAAAUUGUGCAAAUUCCUACUAAAAUAAUCACUCUUCCUGAGUUAGAAGUCUUUGAAGCAGACGGCUGUUCACUAGAAUAUCUUCCAGGCAUCGUGAGCAAAAUGUUAACCCACGUGCGAGUGUUUAAUAAUAGCCGUCUCACCUACUAUCCUGUGAUAUACGAGAAAUUUUUGAAAUUGCACUACGACUACUGGUCGGAAAGUGUUGUGAGUGCUGAUGUGAUGAUGAUAUUUCUACCCGAUCAAAGUAAACGUACAACUUUACCGAACGGAAUGAGAAAAAUUCACCUUCCAACGACUAGAACACCACACAGCCUCGUCGAACUUGGACUAAAAGCUCUUUACUCGUCUCUUACAUUCUGUCAAACUGUUUGUGACAACUUAGACGAUGGUAUGUUUCCUCGCGAAAUUCAGGCACGAAUCAUGGAUGGACCGGCUACAAAAUGUGGAAAUGACGCUUGUUCUUCGCUUCUCUUUACCGAAUGUUAUUUUCUUUUGCUCAAGAAGAAUAAGAGUUUGUCGCACAUCAUUUUUAGCAACAUGUUCUGUUCAAUGGACUGCACAAACCGCUGGCUCAAUCUGUAUAAAGAAAAGUACCACAAGAUAAAUUAGACAGCCGUUGUUUUCCGGAUGUAAAUGGUUGACAUUUUUUUGUUGUUGAA